CCGCCCGGGGCCAGCGCGGUCGCAGGAGGGGUCACGGUCAGCUCCGAAAUUGUACCGGGAGCCUCCUCCUUCCCUUCCCCCCUUCUCUCGACCUUUUCAGCUGCACCCCCCAAACUCUGAUGGGCCGGUGGAACCGCCAGCCAAAGCGGGCCUGGGCGGGGGUUUUCUUUAGUUUCCUUUUCGGCAAUUGUCAUUAGUAAUGCUAUCAACUAGUGCAUUCAAAAGUUCGAAUCGGGGGCUCCCUCUUCUUCCGGGAGCAGUGAUCUGCCCGCGUCCCAUUCCCCCCCGGGCGCCCUGAGCAUGCGAGCGUCCCCGGGCCCCCGGGCGGGUAGGAGGCUGACACCCCGCCGGCCUCUGCCCGCUCCCCGUCGCCGAGAACUCCGGCUUCCCGCCGGGCGGAAGGCGGGAGGAGGGGCUCGGAGGCCUAGCUGCGGGGACCCGGGGACGCGCGGCCCUCGAAGGCGCUGGGACCACCGAGCGGCGCAGGCAGGGGGCGCAGCCGCGCUCCUUCCUCUUCGCCCGCGUCGCCUCCGCACAGAGCGGCUCCGCGCGGCGGGGACGGGCCUGCGCGAUUGUCGCCUCCAUCCUGGGGGCCUCCAGGCGCCGCGAGCUUCGCAGGGAAGGGCGGAGAGCCCUCCGCUCGCCUGCCCGGGAGCUUGGGCUCAACGCUGGCCGGAGUGCGGGAGGACCCCCGGUGUCCUUCGGAAGCCGGCGCCUCUGCCUGGGAAGGGGCUCAGGAGCCCAUUUUUGCAGCGCUCACGUUGUUGUAGAAUGCUGUAAACAAUUGUCACAGCUGUUUUUCAAGAAAUAGAAAGAGUUGCAACCUCUUCCUCAUAACAGAACUUUUAUAGUUGCAUUCAAUGCCUAACGUUGCAGAAGCAGAAAGGACAAAUGAUUCUGGAAAUGGUGAGUGCAAAUCUGAGAGAAGGUCUCCCGAAGAGAAUCUACAAGGUGCCGUACAAUCUUUCUGCACUCGUGCCUCGGGAGAACCCUUGGGUCCCAAAGGAGAUGGUCAUUAUCCAUGGAGCUGUCCAGUGACCCACACUCGGGAGAAAAUUUAUGCCAUCUGUUCAGACUAUGCCUUUCUCAACCAGGCGACCUCAAUCUACAAAACUCCAAAUCCAGCCCGCUCUUCUUGCCUCCCCAAUAGUACCUCUAUAUCUGCUGGAAAUAAUUCCUCAAGAUACAUUGGCAUCCCGACCAGUACAUCGGAAAUCAUCUACAAUGAAGAAAAUAGCUUGGAAAACUUAUCCAACAGCCUGGGCAAGCUACCUCUUGCGUGGGAAAUUGACAAAUCUGAAUUUGACGGAGUGACCACGAAUUUGAAACACAAAUCAGUAAGACAGGAAUUUUGUGAGGUAGGUACUGUUGUCUUCAUUUUAUGGGUGAAGAAAUGGAGGCAUAGAGGGGAUACGUUGCUUGGGCACAACUGCACAGCUAGAAAGAGGCAGAAGUCAGGCAAUGGAAAGAAGCAAAUUUCCAAGAAAAAAACUUCAGACAAGAAAGGAAGAAGACAUCAAAGGGAGUGGCCUCAGUAUUCUCCUCUUGAAGAUAUUAAGCAGCGGAAAGUAUUAGACCUCAGACGAUGGUACUGCAUAAGCCGACCACAGUAUAAGACUUCUUGUGGUAUCUCCUCAUUAAUUUCUUGUUGGAAUUUCUUAUAUAGCACAAUGGGAGCUGGAAAUCUUCCAGCUAUCACCCAAGAAGAAGCUUUACAUAUUUUGGGUUUUCAACCCCCGUUUGAGGAUAUUAGGUUCGGCCCUUUCACUGGAAAUACGACACUUAUGAGAUGGUUUAGACAAAUUAACGACCACUUCCACGUAAAAGGAUGCUCGUAUGUUCUAUAUAAGCCUCAUGGGAAGAAUAAAACAGCUGGAGAAACUGCUUCUGGGGCCUUGUCGAAAUUAACUCAUGGAUUGAAAGAUGAAUCGUUAGCUUAUAUCUACCAUUGUCAAAAUCAUUAUUUUUGUCCAAUUGGCUUUGAAGCAACCCCUGUUAAAGCUAAUAAAGCAUUCAGCAGGGGCCCCCUCUCACCACAAGAAGUAGAAUAUUGGAUCUUAAUUGGAGAAUCAAGUAGAAAACAUCCUGCUAUUCACUGCAAAAAGUGGGCAGAUAUUGUUACUGAUCUAAACACUCAAAAUCCGGAAUAUCUAGAUAUCCGGCACUUAGAGAGGGGUCUGCAGUAUCGAAAAACAAAGAAGGUUGGAGGAAAUUUGCAUUGCAUCAUAGCAUUCCAGAGACUUAACUGGCAAAGAUUUGGCCUUUGGAACUUUCCAUUUGGAACCAUUAGGCAAGAAUCACAACCUUCAACACAUGCCCAGGGAAUUGCCAAAUCUGAGAGUGAGGACAAUAUCUCCAAGAAGCAGCAUGGGCGUCUGGGCCGGUCUUUUAGCGCUAGUUUCCAUCAGGACUUGACAUGGAAAAAGAUGUCAAGUAUCCAUGAGAGAAGGAACAGUGGUUACCAGGGUUACAGUGAUUACGAUGGGAACGACUGACCAUGCUGCGUACUGACGACUUGUGUUAUUCACGCAGCUGGUCUAUACAGGACUGCAUUAAGGCAGUACAAGAUUUUAAGUCUGUAUUAAAUAGGAACAUAUCUGUGGUACAACACAUAACCUUGUAGUUUCUCCAGUAAAUAAGCUUGUAUAUGAUUAUGAUGGGUGAUUUCCGGUAUAUAAACAGAUAAGCACAGAGUUUUUUUGUCCUUUUAAAAGUUAAGAGUAUAUAAACAUUCUGGGCAGUUUCACAAAGUCCAAUAAAAUUACACAUAAACAAAUCAAACACAAUUUCACUCAAUAGCAUCACGAUUUGAAAUACUUAAGCAUGAAGUGAUUUCUUAUGACUUGACCCCCAGAUAUUUGUCGCAGUUUUGUUCCCAAGCUCAAAAUGUAAGGUACUAAGUAUCUGCCCCCCCAAAUUGGGGCUGUUGAUUUCUAGUUUUUCUCUAGCGGUUAAAGUUCAUUUAAAAUGACUUAGUGAGUCUAGAAAUUCUUUUACUUGUAGUGGUAUCUUGCCUGCCUCAUUUUUUUCCUGAUCAACUUUCUCAGGAUUCUCAAUAAAGAGGCAAAAGAGAAAAGACUCAAGAUACUGAUCUUUUCUAUUGGUGCAGAUGGGUGACUUAGUGCAUCGAUUCAGGUACUCUUGACUUUCUUGGUAUGUUACUGUCAAAUGCUGACAAGAACUUUAGGUCUUGAAAGACUCAUAAGUCUACAAUAAACCUUGCUUUAGGGGUAGGGUAAAAGAACAAGUGGCAUCUGAAGUUUCUAUACCCAAGGUAACCUGUGAGAUGAGAUCUGAUAUUUGACUGGUCCCCCAGUAUGGCGUCAUAUGUUGAUAACAGAAUUAAGGAUGCGUUAGGAAUACCCCAUCACUCAGAGGGCAACUAUCCGUAUUCCAGACUCUGAGCUCUUUCCUUUUUAAAAACAUGUAGACAAUUAGCUGCUUGAAGUGAGUGUGAAAUAGUUCAGAAAGUGUGGAUUUCAUGUAUUUAAGCUCCUCUCCAGUUGCUGUCAGUUUUUCUUCUGCUGCCAACCUGUGACUCACAAACAACUAGGAUCUCUUGUUCUUUCAUUUCAGGGGCUGUUCUGGGACUCAAAUCAGUAACUUGAUUAUUACAAGGUGCUGAAUAUGUUGGUAACCACAUCGUAAUACACCUCAAGGAGAAGGUUCAGAUUUUUAUUUUUUAAAAUAUUUUCAUUUUCUUCUCUUUUGAAUUUUAUAUCCAUUUAUCCACUCAGACAUGCCUAGCCUACAGAAGGGGAUAUAUAUUAUGAAAUGGGCAUUUUUCUGAAGAGAAUAUUUUGCUUGAAAUGCAAAGGACUGAAAGAUUUGUAGGUUGUUGAUUUUGUUACUUCAUACUGGAAAUUUUAAGAAGUUUUCAUCAAUAAAGUUUUGUUUUCUACUUUUAA